ACGUAUGCAUAUUCAUUGACGUAUAUUUAAAGAUAUGUUCGUGGGAUUUUCAUUCAUAACGCCUUAGUUUAAGUCCAGUGGCCAGUCAGUAGGUUGUCUUACAUACACCGUUUCUCGAGCGGACCGCCUUCCAUCACGGCGUGCUUGCAGCACGCUCCAAAAUCGAUAUGUAAAUCGGUGUUAGACGGAUGAAAUGGUGAGUGACGCCUGACAAGUGUUACAUCGAGAUUAAACCGACUGCGUUUCUACACGAUUAUGUGCACACUGACCGCGAACUUUAAAGUUGUUCUAUGACGCACUCUCUCCCUUUGCCGCAAGGCAGAAUUCAUUUUCUACGAACGAUCAUGUAAAACUUACGAAAACAUUCGAUUAUUGCACGUCAUGCGGUCUCGAUAGCCGGUAACUCGCGUGCUUCUACAAAAAUAAUCGCUGUUGCAAUCGUUUCUGCUGUAUUGAAAGGACUUAAGUACAAAUGUUGAAACAUCUAAAAUCGAAAAUAACAGAGUACGUUCGAUUUUUUCGCCAAUUCGCUUUCAUUCGUUCCCGUCGGCUUGAAAAUAAAUAUUAAUGCCGGUACACGACUUUUUGGAUAGCCUGUAGAGCGUGCACGUCGCCCCCUUCUUCGCAGACUCAGGAGGAGACGAAGGAUACACAAUAAGGUGCGCAGUCGGAACGUGCGAUUCGCUAUUUCGGUUUGAUAUGAAACUGUGAUAUUUGUUCGAUUUGCGGUACCCAGCGGAGACGUCGGAGCGGUUGAGUGGCGUGCUCUCGUGUUUACAUGUUGCACGCACGUCAAAUCGAUACGCCGUGUGCAUGUGCGACCGGGUUCAGUGAGUGGAUUACGAAAUCUGCAGACGGAAGGGCUCGCACGUGGCUCGUAAUUGUUCAUCCGCAUUCUGUGAAUAUGUACUCUUCUUGUUUGACGUUUAGGUAGACCGGAGAGCUCGUAACAACUUGAAGUUGGAAAAUAUCAGAGGGGUACAUUGGUGAAUACAUACAUACUUGCCGGCUCCGUACGAGCGAAGAGAGGAAAGAUUUUUGAUUGUCGGCUGGGAGUAUCGGAGGUGGACAAUACGAAACGAUCCGAAAGCUUCUAUGGGAUAUAAUAUCGCGAAUUGGGAAAUGAUACGCACGAGGGAGGAAUUCGUGGAGAAAUUGGGCCUGGACGGCGCGGAUGACACUCAUACUUUAUUGAACAAUAUGGUAGACGUCAGAGCGUGCUACAAGCCCAACGGAAAAUCGUGGUUCCGUGGCGUUCGAAGUAGCAAAUUUCGCCACGUGUACGGCGUGCCAGCGAAACGCGAGAAAUGCUACGACAACAUCAAGAUCACGAAGAACGCCCACGAUUCGCAAUUCUGCGCUGUGAAUCCCAAGUUCCUGGCCGUGGUGACGGAAGUGGCUGGCGGCGGGGCGUUCCUGGUAUUACCGCUCGAUCGCACUGGUAGGCUGGAUUUUAACGCUAGCAGAGUGACUGGGCACACUGGACCGGUUCUAGACAUCAAGUGGAAUCCGUUCAACGAUAACAUCAUUGCUUCCUGUUCCGACGACUGCACUAUAAAACUGUGGCACAUUCCUGACGGUGGAUUGUCGCGAAAUUUGACCGAGUGGUUGGUGGAGUUGCAAGGUCACAAACGUCGUGUCGCCUACAUAGAGUGGCACCCCGUUGCUGAGAACGUGCUAUUUAGCGCUGGUUUCGAUCAUCUUGUUAUCGUGUGGGACAUAAAUAAAGGAGAGGCCGUCAACGUGAUCGAUAGGCACCCUGAUGUGAUCUAUAGUAUAUCGUUGAAUCGUGACGGUAGCUUAUUAGCAACGACGUGCAAGGAUAAGAAAUUGAGAGUUUUCGAACCAAGAUCUGGCAUUGUGGUUUCUGAAGGAAUUUGCCACGCUGGAACAAAGGCUAGCAAAGUCGUUUUCCUUGGCAGUUCUGGACGUCUUCUUACGACAGGCUUUAGUCGUCACUCUGACAGACAGUAUGCCAUUUGGAGCCAGCAUGAUUUGAACGUACCGCUGACAUGUGAAACUAUUGACUCUUCCAGUGGAGUAGUUUUUCCAUAUUAUGACAACGACACUAAUAUGGUGUACUUGGCGGGAAAGGGCGACGGUAAUAUUCGAUACUACGAGAUAGUGAACGAGGCUCCCUGGAUGCAUUUUCUCAGUCAGUUCAUCUCUGGGAAUCCCCAAAGGGGAUUAGGCGUAAUGCCGAAAAGAGGCGUUAACACGGCUAUCUGCGAAGUGUUCCGAUUUUACAAAUUGCACGCGACUCGAGGAAUGUGCGAGCCGAUAUCCAUGAUAGUUCCGCGAAAGAGCGAUCAAUUUCAAGAGGACCUGUAUCCUGAUACGAUAGGCACUUGUCCAGCUUUAUCAGCCAGAGACUGGAUAAGUGGCAUGAACAGUCCACCGAUCUUAAUUUCUCUGAAAACCGGUGGUAGCAUUACCACGCAUAAGCCACGAGUGUACAAGCCACCGCAACUUCCACCGACAACCGACUUGAAUAAUAAAAAGAAAUUCGCCUUUCUGUCUACUGAGACCGUGCCGGAUUACAGGCCGAUCGAGUUCCACGAUAUGUCAGAGAAAAGCCAGAAAACGUCUAGCAAUCAGAGCACCAAGUUUCAACAGUUGCAACAAAAAUUCGGCAAUGUUGUGCUGCAGAAGAAUAUCAUUUCUACGAACGAUAACAAGGUCUUGGAGAACGUGGACAUUCCCAAUAACGAGGCGGAACUGAGAUUAGCAUUCGUUCGUCAAACUGACGAGCUAAGAUUGGUACGGAGGCAGCUAGCAAAUAGUCAGUUACGCGUGAAAGAGCUGGAGGAGCAGAUACGUAAGCUUCAGCGUCAGUAAACCCUUUCUUGCGGAUCCUCCUCAACGUAUGCGUCGAGCGAAAUUCCUUGUAGCUUUGUUGCUAGCUGUACUUGAGGAACAUGGUACUUGACGAACCAAAUAACGCGUAUUGUUCAUGGCAAUUUAAAUAUCUAAGCUGUCGAUGAAAUUUGCACAAAAAAGACAAAAGAGAAAGGAAGACGGUGCAAAACGAUAUUUAAAGGUGUUCGAGAAACUUUAAAAAACUGGAAACUAUAUACUGGUUAUAUAUACUGAUAAUAUAUUAAUGCAGUUACGUACUAUUCUCUCUAGAGUAUCUUGUGAAUGAUAUACGAUGCAUUUUUAUAGCAUUUCUCUAUACGUUAAUCUUCUCUCUCUUUGCAAUUUCUCGCGUGGCGAUCUUGUACCGUUGUUCAAAGAAAAACGCAGCAAUGAAGCAACAAUAAUUUAGUCAAUUUUUUUAGAGACUCGUAGUUUGGAGACUUGUUCUGCUGUAGAAGAAAAACUGAACAAAAAGAUGAACAAAUGAUUGUGAUUUACACUAAUGCCUUCACUAUACAGACGAGUUUUUUGUCUAUAUAAAACGUUGAUACUUCUCCGAGAACGUAACGUUUCAUCAUGCACAGUUUCUGUACGUUUUAGAAGUGAAGUCUUCUCUUUUUUUGAUGUACAAAAUUAUACAAGCUUCCGUCACUUGUUCAUUAAUUCAUACGAAUGUAACAACCAUUUCUUACUGUUCGAAUUUGUUUAUCUAUUUCGGGGAAUUAAUUUUUCAUUUGAAGUUACAUGUGCGAUAAUAACGAAGGAGAAAGAUCAGCUUGAUAUAAAGACGUAAAACUUGGACGAAGUAUUAAAUGUUCAGUACAUGAAGAAUUGUACCUGUCCUAUGCAUACGCGUGUUUAUCGUAUGCGACUCGUUCUAUAUAGAAUUGUCAUAACAUAGAGUGAUAGAUAAAUGCAGAGAUAUUUAGGUGUUGCGCAGAGGAUAUGAACGCAAUAAAAAAAAAAGAAAAAAAAACAG